AUGCCACCUCAUCCUCCAGAAAUAAUAACAGUGGUGCCAGUCGCAGACAGACAGCUGCUGGGCCUCAGGCACCCUCUUAAGUACCCUUCAUCAUCAGCUUCCUGGAACGCGGAAGGAGAGCCGUUCGAGUCAGGGAACGAAGAUGGUGCUCCUUUAGUACUAGCCUCACCAUUAACGCCAACAACCCCAGGCUUUGGUCUGUCUGCAACCAUUUCUCAAAACUAUGGUCUGAAAUCAACGCCAGUAUCUCUGUGGAAGAAGGCUAUCUGGAUUAUCUUCACACUCAGCAUCUUCAUGUUACCGUAUAUUAUUUUGAAGGCAUGUUUCCAUGUUCAGGUCUCUGCAGGCGCCUGGCAGACCUCUGUUACUUAUGGAAUGUUGAUGGCAUUCGAUUUCAUGGCUGUCAUUAGCUUUAGUGCAUUGAAUCGGCGCAAAGUCAACAACCGAGUGAAGAAGCGUGACCCACAUUGGACCGGAGUAUCGACAGGAAUUGUAGCUGUUGGUUACCGUGAAGAUCCAAUACUGUUGGAGGGUUGUUUGAAGAGUUUACGGGCAAUUCGAUAUCAGCGCAACCAACGAAUCAUAUUAAUUGUUGAUGGUAAUGAAUCCCGGGAUGAAUAUAUGGCACAGGUCUUUAUGAAAGUCUUUGAAAAACAAGGUGCUGCUAUCAUCCGACCCAACUUUUGCUGCAUGGAUCGGGACCAGAACGACCGUGAGCGAUUAGAGCUAGUCCGACGGAUCGCUUUUCACCCAGGCCCCGUUUGUGUGAUGCAGCCCCAUCGUGGAAAGCGCUCUGCUAUGUACACAGGAUUUGCGGCCCUUAUUCAGCAAGGUGUCGAAGCUGUAGUUGUUACAGACUCUGACACUUUUUUGGAUCCCCAUGUCUGCAGAGGUAUGCUUUUCUAUUAA